GAUUUCGCAAGAGACGACUGACGAGGCUUCCCACUGAGAAAUAUUUAAAUUGCGCGAACACAAAGAUGAAGGGAUAUUUCGUCUUCGCUUGUCUAUUUCUCGUACAUUUUGCCGGGGCUGACGAGGCCCUGUAUGCAAGCGUUGUAUGGGAUCCACUGUCGAACCAUCUUUAUGUCGAGGACGCAGUGCUGCCUGAUGCAGUCGCUUGGGGACGAUUUUCAAACGAAGUUAACAAGACGGGAUGGUCCUACUUGGAAGUCCAUACAACAAGAGGGUACCCAGACGACAUCCAAUCAUUGGCAGCCGGCAUGGUCGAAGGGUACCUGACAGCGGACUUCAUUCUUAUGAACUGGAAGAACACAGAUUCUGGGUACUGCAAAGCAAAACCAACGAUAUGCACCAAACUAAACUCAUUUCUGUACAAGAAUUCCGUAUUUGUAACGUCCCAAAUCGAAUCAAACCUGCAGGAUCCUUACUGGUAUCAGGUAAAACUAUUGUAUCAACAACUUCUUGGGCUCCGUCGUGGCUACGCAGCAAGCGAAACUGGAACAAACAAUCCAUUAUCUUCAUUUGAUUUCCAUCUAAUGCAACUCGGUGGCGUAAGUGAUCUGGAACAAGCGUUGAACGGUACAACUAAACGUCAAAUGGCUGGCGAUGGCUCUUGCUCGGCAUUCAUCAAAAUUCUACCAAAAAACGAAGAUUUGCUGAUCUCGCAAGUGACAUGGAACUCUUACACAUCGAUGUUGCGUAUUUACAAGCUGUACGAACUUCAGCUGGUGAAUAACAGUAAUCCUGCUCUUCACAUCGUUGCGCAAAACCACAGCUUUUCUUCGUAUCCUGGUAGAUUGUACAGUGGUGAUGAUUUUUACGUGCUUAGCAGUGGACUGGUUACCCAAGAGACAACCAAUGACAAUUAUAAUAAAGACUUAUGGCAAUACAUUGGCCCGAAUUCUGUCAUGGAAUGGGCAAGAACGGUAAUCGCAAACAGACUCGCACAAGACGGUCAACAAUGGGUGUCUUUGUUUGCAAAACACAACAGUGGAACGUACAACAACCAAUGGAUGGUCCUCAACUACAAUAUGUUUACACCGGGGAAACCUGUGAUACCCGAGACACUUUGGGUUCUUGAACAGAUGCCUGGAAUAGUGCAAAUGGGAGAUCUCUCCUUGUAUUUGAUAAACAAUGGCUACUGGGCAAGCUAUAACAUACCAUUCUUUGACACCAUAUUCACCGUCAGUGGACAGGAAGAUAUGGUGAAAAAGUACGGUUCUUGGUUCGACUAUGAACUCAACCCGCGCGCACAGAUCUUUAAACGAGAUCAAAGCAAAGUUGUUGAUCUAGCUAGCAUGAUGAAAUUGAUGAGGUACAAUGAUUACACUCAUGAUCCACUAUCGAAGUGCAAUUGUACGCCGCCAUACAGUGCUGAGAAUGCCAUCUCAUCAAGAUCGGAUCUGAACCCAGCGUCUGGCAAGUAUCCAUUUCCAGCUCUCGGCCAUCGUGAACAUGGUGGAACUGAUGCGAAGAUAACAAGCUAUAAGCUGUUCCAAGAUUUCACAGUCUAUGCAGUCAGCGGUCCAACACACGACCAGCAACCAGUCUUCAACUGGACAAUGUCAGGAUGGUCGCGUCCUCUGGGGCAUCCUGAUAAUUGGGACUUUGAACCAGUCAUGAUUUCAUGGAGCGGCACACAGGCAUUUGAAGAUGAUUCUGAGAACUUACUGGACCUCGAAAAAGAAGCCUGAGCGUUAUAAAAUAACGAUCAUGAAUCCCAAUAAACGAUCAGCAUAACACUAUAUUUUAAUAUAUUUUAAUUCACUACAUUUAAUACAACAUUGGCUUAGAGUUCUAGACUCAGAAAGUUGAUGGUAAACUUAAACAUUCAAUAAUGAAAUAGGGAAAUUUAUAAGGUAUAAAAAGAUAAUGCAUUUAUAACAAAGUUCAUG